GUCCCGCCCAGAGCAGUGUCGGUUAGGUGUCGGUUUCGGAUGAAGCGCUCGAGGAGCCUGAAACAACAACAACUACAACUAUUAUUAAUUUAAUUAUUUAAAGAUAUUAUUUACUAUUCAUUGUUUUUUUAUUCGCGGUUGGAACUAUACAUUUUAAGACAAUGUCUGACAAGAGUUGAACCUUAACAGCUGAACUUGUAGUUGGAGUUUUAAACCACGCUAGCACAAAGCUAAGCGCUAACAGCUAAAAGCUAGCCUUGCUAGCUGCGGUGUGCCUUCUUGCCGGAUCUGCCUUCUCAUGGUGUACAGCUGAGUCCUGACCGAACAUGGUGUCGUGGAUCAUCUCAAGAACCGUGGUGCUGCUGUUUGGAACCCUCUACCCAGCAUACUACUCUUACAAAGCAGUGAAAACCAAGAAUGUAAAAGAAUAUGUUCGCUGGAUGAUGUAUUGGAUCGUGUUUGCACUUUACACAGUAGCAGAAACCAUCUCAGACCUCACUGUUGCCUGGUUUCCCCUGUAUUAUGAAAUAAAGAUUGCCUGUGUGAUCUGGCUCGUGUCUCCCUACACUAGAGGAGCCAGUGUAAUCUACAGAAAGGUCCUACAUCCCCUGCUGACGUCGAAAGAAAGGGAAAUCGACGACUACAUCGUUCAAGCUAAGGAGCGCAGCUAUGAAACAAUGCUUCACUUCGGCAAGCAGGGCCUAAGUAUAGCAGCUACCGCAGCUGUCUCUGCAGCUGUCAAGGGCCAGGGUGCCAUCACAGAGAAGCUGAGAAGUUUCAGCAUGGCCGACCUCACCCAGAUCCCACAGGACGAUGGGGGCAGCGAGCACUACCAGUCGUACUCCAGCAACAAUCCAGCCAGAAGAGCAAUAGGCUCCAGCCAGCACGACGGACCCGAUUAUUACGAGGACCCUGAGGAUGACCGGGGCGAUGACGAUGAGGUUGUGUUCUCUGAAGAUGAAGCCGUAACGCAACGCGGCAUCAGGCGAUCUCAAAGCACCAAAGUCUCACGUACCAGGCUUCGCAAAGAUCCUCGUUACGGAUCUCUGAAGAUUAAAGGUAGACGGAGGCCAGCACUGAACACCUCGACAUUCAACACUGACCAGUGACUACUGAUCUUGGAGAGUUUUAUCUACAGAACCCUAAUGAGUGUUAAUAUUCUCCUCUCCUCUUUUAGUGGCGCGGGUUCUUUCAUCGUUCACAGCAAAACUUAGAUUUUUAAUACAGCACCAACACUAUUUAUUUCUAAACUCGGAGCGAUCCAAACGACACAAGCUUGUACAUUUGCAAGAAUGUUGUGAGAGAAAAUGUAGUGUGAGGAUUUUGUGCUUAAUGUAGGUGAUGUUUUCAUAGAGGCAGACGCUGUGACCUCUUCUGAAUUUGAUAUUCAGUUAGGUUUUUAGUAUUUUUCAAUUGUAUUUACUGUGUUUAAGUGUUAAAGCUAAAGGUGUAUUCCUUUGGAGGUGGGUUUUUUUUACUUUUGAGUCAUUUAAUGUUUCUUAUGCUGCCUUAUGUUUUUAUGAUAAUUUUAUCAUUUUAUCCCCCCCCCCGAAAGGAUUCUUACAUUAGCUGAAUUAUUGUAAUACCAACGCACUUCAAUGUCAUCAGACCAAAAGUGCCUCUAUCCCUUAAAGAAAAAAAUUAAAACAGUGAAAAGAUGUAAAGUAAUUAUGAUAAAUAUGUAUGAUUUUAUCCAGGUUGUAUAAAGCCGUUUUUGUUUUGUUUUUGCACAUUUUAAAACUUUAACAUGUCAUCUCAAUGCAGAAGGUAUUCUUGACUGGGAAAAGGAUCACAUGCUGUAACUUCAUACCAAAGAGAUAUAAUCCACUACAUCUGGUGGAGGUUAAAUAUAGUUUAAGUUGUGUGAAUGCUCCACUCAAAAUUCAUGUCCUGGUGUGACUGAAUAAAGUUUAUGCGUUUGCAAUUGAA